CUGGUCCCCAAGCCCCGGGCACGCGACGAGAUAUAAAGCAGUCGGGAAACAAUGCGCCUGCAGAUCGCGCUCCCGCGUCGAUCCCGGGAGCGUCCUGGCUGCCGUGUGCGAGCGAGGCGGGGGGAGCGCGCGCGGGGGGCACGCUCGUGAGUGCGGGGCGCGCGCUCGGUAGCGCGCAUGUGUGUGUGUGCGGGCUGCCGGGCUUCCCCGAGCCGGCGGGGAGCCGCUCCGCUCCAGGUGGCGGGCGGCGGGAACGAGGGAGCGGACAUGGACUUCGACUCGUACCAGCACUAUUUCUACGACUAUGACUGCGGAGAGGAUUUCUACCGCUCCACGGCGCCCAGCGAGGACAUCUGGAAGAAAUUCGAGCUGGUGCCGUCGCCCCCCACGUCGCCGCCCUGGGGCUCCGGUCCCGGCGCCGGGGACCCAGCCUCUGGGAUUAGUCCCGGAGAGCCUUGGCCCGGAGGGGGUAUCGGGGACGAGGUGGAAUCUCGAGGCCAUUCGAAAGCUUGGGGCAGGAAUUAUGCUUCCAUCAUCCGCCGUGACUGCAUGUGGAGCGGCUUCUCUGCCCGGGAACGACUGGAGAGAGUAGUGAGCGAUCGACUCACCCCAGGCGCACCCCGAGGGAACCCGCCCAAAGCUCCCGCCAUCCCGGACUGCACUCCCAGUCUGGAAGCCAGUAACCCUGCGCCCGCCACCCCGUGUCAGCUGGGUGAGCCCAAAACUCAGGCCUGCUCUGGGUCCGAGAGCCCCAGCGACUCCGGCGAAGAAAUUGACGUGGUGACAGUGGAGAAGAGACGAUCUCUGGAUAUCCGUAAGCCAGUGACCAUCACAGUGCGAGCAGACCCUCUGGACCCCUGUAUGAAACAUUUCCACAUCUCUAUCCACCAACAACAGCAUAACUAUGCUGCCCGCUUUCCCCCAGAAAGUUGCUCUCAGGAGGAGGCUCCAGAGAGGGGUCCCCAGGAAGAGGCUACAGAGAUAGAAGCUCCCAAGGAGAAACAGGAGGAGGAGGAAGAGGAAGAGAUUGUAAGUCCCCCACUUGUAGAAAGCGAGGCUCCCCAGUCCUGCCACCCCAAACCUGUCAGUUCUGAUACUGAGGACGUGACCAAGAGGAAGAACCAUAACUUCUUGGAACGAAAAAGGAGGAAUGACCUCCGUUCGCGGUUCCUGGCCCUGCGGGACCAGGUGCCCACCCUGGCCAGCUGUUCUAAGGCUCCCAAAGUCGUGAUCCUAAGCAAAGCCUUAGAGUACUUGCAAGCUCUGGUGGGAGCUGAAAAGAAGAUGGCUACAGAGAAACGGCAGCUCCGGUGUCGGCAGCAGCAACUGCAGAAAAGAAUCGCGUACCUCAGUGGCUACUAACCGACCAAAAAGCCUGACUUCUUUCUCUCUCUCUCUCUAACACACACACACACACACACACACACACACACACACACACACACGUUUAUUUUUUAACCUCUCUCUCCCUUUUAGUAAUUUGCACAUUUUGGUUACAGCCGGGCAGUCUGGACAGUAGAUCCCAGAAUGCAUUGCAGCCAGUGCACACACAAUAAGGGCUUGCAUUCUUGGAAACUUCGAAACCUAGCUCUCCCUCUUCCCUGACUCAUGAGAGUGCUGUCUUCUCUGGCGCCUUUGGCUUCUCAGCAGGCAGCUGACUGAGGAGACUUUGGGUCUGCCUCACUCACUAGCACCAGAGAAAAGGCUGACAGAUGCUAUGCAACAGGUGGUGGACGAUGUCAGGAGCUGCAGCCUGCAUGAAAUCUCACACUGUGCUAGAGCUUUAGGCUAGGAAAGGAUGCUGCUCCCACUGGUGUCUCUGGGGAUGAAGCAAGGACAGCUGGGCCUGGAUAUUGUCCCAAGGCUCUGUUUUCCAGGAGACAAGUGAGCUGUCCUGGGUGAAGACAAGCUCACAGACUUGAUCAGCAUGGACCAUUACCUCACUGUCAGACACUUUACAGUAGCUGAGGAGUGGAAACCUUUAGGAUAUUAGGCCACACCCCUCCCUCCACUCUCAAUGCUAUGACUUUGAAAACAUUUAAAGGGCUUGGCCUGUAGAGUCUUUGUCUCAGAGCUCUCUGGGCCUUCUCAGAGAAGGACCUGUCUAUCCUUACAAGAGACUUUUUUGUUUCUUUCUGCCUUUGUUAUGCAAUGGGCACCACAGCACCCUUCUAUACAGAUCAGAAAUAUUUCUCCAGGAUGUAGGAAAAUGGGUCAUGGGGAAGGCUUGGCAUCCUGGCUCAUGAACAUGUUCCUUGCCUGGGUGUUUUGUGCAGGGCCAUUUGAAGCCCAGCUUGGAACCUUCUCUCAAGGCAGAUAUAAGGCACCCCAGAAGGAAGUGCCUAACCACUUCCUCUUUCCCAACUGCCACUCAAGUCUGUCCUUGACUUUGUCUAAAUUCUGCUGGAACAGUGCAAACCUGUCCUUCUCAAGCAGCUUCAAGGAGUUUGCAGGCUCUACAGCCAUUCUGGUCCUUUCCCCUUGAA